CAGAACACACAUUUAUCUGUCAGCGAUGGAGGCUAAUGUUUUGAUGUUUUGAUGAAGCUUGGAUGCUAACUAGCGCGAUUUUCUUAUCGUAAUAUAACCUUAAACGCGCUGUUAGCUGUCGUCUUUAAAGCACAACUGCAGCUCUAUUAAUCCAACCAUCUGACCAUAAAGACAGUCAACUUGGAGAUAUCGCUGCAUUAGCCGUUUAGCUAAAGGAGUGUUGCAUAGUCCUGAUGGUUCAUUGAAUGUGUUUUGUUCUUAGUUUAGAAAGAUAAUCCAUGCACAUUGCUUUUCGAUACGUAUUUUAAUAUCUUAGUGGUAUCCUACCUUCAUCUUGAUCCAGAGCCACGGAACACCAUUGUUAGUGGGCUUGUUUCAGCGAGGAGAAAAAGAGGUUCUUCAUGUGCACAGGUCAUAGCAAUAAAUUAGCAUUUAAAACCAUCAGAAAAUAUGUCUUUAGUCGCUUAUGGCAGCAGUGAUGAAAGUGAUUCAGAAGAAACCUCCAGCUCGCCUCCGCAGAGUAAAGGAGGACUCUUCUCUGUCCUCCCAGCUCCUAAAAAGACGAGUGCUGUCAGUACUGGACCAAGUAUAAAACCCACAGCAAAACCAAGCACAGGGUCUGGGAAUAGCGUUUCCAACGAUGAGUCCAUCCCUCAGCCGCCUAAAGGAGGUCUGUUUGCCAGUCUGCCCAAACCCAGAAAGCGAAAUGAACCUGUCAGGAUUACUGCACCUCAGAUUCAGAAACGGGACUCGGACUCAGAUGAUGAUGAACCAACAAGCAAGAAAAAAGUUCAGGGAGGAGGUGGUACAGGCCUGUCUUCUCUUCUGCCACAGCCCAAAAACAUGUCAGUUAAAGAGACUGACAGACCAUUGAUUCCUUACACACUCACCAAACGACAAGAGCCUAAAGCAGCCAAACCGAGCGCUCCCUCUGCGUUGCUCAGUUCCAGUGCAUCUCCCUCUGCCAUCAAAGCUGCUGCCAAGUCUGCCGCCAUGCAACUCGCAAGACAAAUUGCGAGUGACGAUCAUGACGAGGAGGAAAUAAGCCCAGAGAAUUACUUUUCACUUGAAAGUAACUCUCAACUGGCUCCCGCUGCUGUCCCAGAGGUGGAGAAUGAGCCCAGACCUGUGAUUGAUCCUGUUCAGUUUGCAGCAUCAGAUGGACUGGGUCACUCAGAUGCACCUCUAGAUUUUGGGGCAAAUGCGGAGGAAGGUGGGGCAUGGGCAGGGCAAUACCAGGAGGCUGAUCCAGAAGCUUAUUCUCAGGGAUACUAUAAUCAGCCAUAUUAUGAAGAUCCUAAUGUUGACCAAGGAGAGACUGGAGAAACUGGAACAGAAGAGCCUGGCAACUCAGCCAUGUUUGAUGAAGAAGCAUUCAUGAGAUUGCAAGGGAAAAGAAACAGAGGAAAAGAGGAGAUAACCUUUCUGGAGAUUAAAGGUGAUGACCAGUUGAGUGGGACACAGCAGUGGUUGACCAAGAGCAUAACAGAAGAGAAACAAAAUCGAUCGUCUUUCAGCAAGAAAAGAGGAGGAAUGCCAACUGGACAACAGAGACGCAAGCACCAAAUCACAUAUCUUAUUCACCAGGCAAAGGAGCGCGAGUUGGAACUAAAAAACAGCUGGGCAGAGAACAAGCUAACUCGAAGACAAACCCAAGCCAAAUACGGCUUCUGAAACCUCCAAAUGAUGGACUUUUUAUGGAUAACCCACUGGUUUACCCUUUUGCUGUUCAGAUUUCACCUCUAAUAGGAGACAGGUAUACAGAUCUAGUUAGGACUAUAGUAUUUACCCUCCAACCUGUAUUUGUGUGAGAUAGAUAUUCAUUUUUGGUAACAUAUUUGAUAGUGUUCCUAUUGUACAUUAAACCACACAUAUUUACAGUAUCAUAUAGGAGAUAAGUCUGUUUUCUAAAAAUGCAAUGUACAUGUCUGAAUUCAGUUUUAUCUCUGGCAGAAAUAAUGUAAAGUGACCCAAUAAGACAUAUAUUAAUUGAAAAGCCAAAACAUUAAUGUUUUGGCUUUAAAUAUGUAUACAGACUAUUCAUAUUAACUAACAAAUCCCUUUUUGUGAGAACAGGUUUGAUUGUCUGGCAAUGCAUGCUUGUGGCAGCUGGUAACAAACUGUAACAUUUGUACAAAUUAUUUUUAAGAACAGUACAUUUAUAAUAAUCUCUUCUUCACAUGAUCAGAGUAUAGAUGUUAAUAUUGUAAAUAAAACUGCCAGAGAAUCAAGUCUGUCAUGGUAAAUGUUUCCUUUUGACAAUCCUGUUUUAGCUAUAUAUUGUCUGAACUCAAAUUUAUACUAAAGGUUAACUGUCCAUUAUCAUAAAUAAGAAAGCAUUGAUAAGCACUCAGUUUGAUCUAAAUAUUGAGCUAGCUGCCCUGUCUUCAUUUACAAAGGCCCUGCACAACCUCUUUGGAAAAAGAAAACUACAUAAGGCAAUACACAUUUGUACGAAACAUUUGAGCAUAUGAGUUUAUUAUUGUUGUGUUGUGAAAAAUAAACUUUUUGAGAGCGUU